AUGCAGAGAAUAGGUAUUUCGGCUUCUAGGAAUAUGGCUAGGAGACGCAUGUCGACGCAGAUUCCCUCGCAUUUCAAAUCGCUAGUUUAUUCAAGCCACGAUGCUCAAGAUUGUACCAAAGUUUUGUCGUUACAUACAUAUCCUCGAAAGGAAUCAGACGAAUCAAUUGUUUUACGUACGCUAGCAUUUCCGGUCAAUCCUUCAGAUGUAAAUCAGCUGGAAGGCGUUUAUCCGUCGAAACCAGAGAAAACCAUGGAAUAUAGGACCGAGAAACCUAGUGCCAUUGCUGGUAACGAGGGGGUUUUCGAGGUGGUACAUGUACCUAAAUCUGCUAAAAUGCUCAAACCUGGUGAUAUGGUACUCCCGUUGCAGGCCAACUUUGGUACUUGGAGUAAUUACAGGACUUGCGAGAAAGAAUCGCAAUUGGUGAAAGUAGAGGGAAUCGAUGUUUUAACUGCGGCUACUGUGGGUGUCAAUGGAUGCACUGCGUAUCAAAUGGUGAACAACUACGUUGAUUGGAACGAAGGUGCGAAUGAAUGGUUAAUCCAAAAUGCAGGCACUUCAUCAGUUUCGAAGAUUGUCACCCAAAUUGCCAAAUCAAAGGGAAUCAAGACUUUAAGUGUUAUUAGAGACAGAGAGAAUUUCGACGAAGUUGCCAGCGAAUUGGAAAACAAGUAUGGAGCUACUAAAGUGAUCAGUGAAACCGAUAAUAAUGACAAGAAUUUUGCCAAAGAAGUGUUACCCAAAAUCUUAGGUGCCAACGCAACUAUAAAGUUGGCUCUAAAUUCCGUUGGCGGAAAAUCAAGCGCAAGUAUAGCACGCAAACUUGACCGCGACGCUACGAUGUUGACCUAUGGCGGAAUGUCCAAAAUGCCCGUUACGUUACCAACUUCUUUACUUAUUUUUAAAGGUCUAAAAUGCCUUGGAUUUUGGAUUACGGAAAACUCGAGAAGAGACCCUUCUAGCAAAUUGACGACCGUUAACGAGGUUGUCGAGCUAUACAGUAAGGGAGUUAUCAAAUCUCCAAGAGACGAUGUUAGAGCGAUCGAAUGGGAUGUCUCAAACGCCAAAGACGAUGAAGUUCUUCAAUUGAUCAGAAAUAGUAUCAACGUAAAGGGCAAGAAGAAUGUGAUUGUCUUGAAAUGGUGA